GUGCAGGUGCUCCCGUAGAGGUCGCUGCUCUCACUGUUUUUAUCAUCAUCAUAGCGCUUAGAGGAAGAAAGCGGCCGGACGGCUUCAACACGAGAACCAACCCAAGCCUCCAUAACCACUUGAAUUUAUAUAUUAGAUCAUCAAAAUGACGACUGCACCUUAUAACUAUUCCUAUAUUUUCAAAUAUAUCAUUAUUGGCGACAUGGGGGUUGGAAAGUCGUGUUUACUCCACCAAUUCACAGAAAAGAAAUUUAUGGCAGACUGUCCUCAUACAAUUGGCGUGGAGUUCGGCACACGGAUAAUCGAAGUUAGCGGGCAGAAGGUCAAGCUUCAGAUUUGGGACACGGCGGGCCAGGAGAGAUUCCGCGCUGUCACGCGCAGCUACUACAGAGGAGCCGCCGGGGCCCUCAUGGUGUAUGACAUCACCAGGCGAAGCACGUACAACCAUCUCAGCAGCUGGCUGACCGAUGCCAGGAAUCUUACCAACCCUAAUACUGUGAUCAUUCUUAUCGGUAACAAAGCAGACCUAGAAGCCCAGCGAGAUGUCACGUAUGAAGAGGCCAAGCAGUUUGCUGAAGAAAACGGUUUGUUAUUCCUGGAGGCAAGUGCAAAAACAGGCGAGAACGUUGAGGACGCGUUCCUCGAAGCAGCCAAGAAGAUCUACCAGAACAUCCAGGACGGCAGUCUGGAUCUGAACGCGGCCGAGUCGGGGGUCCAGCAUAAGCCCACCGCUCCUCAGGGUGGCCGCCUCAGCAGCGAUGCACAGCCCCCAAAAGAGGGUUGCAGCUGUUAAUGACCACGGAGACUACUUCACUCUCUCUCUUUCUCCCUUUAUACCCUCCCAGCUUUCUCCCUGUUAUAUCCAAAAGCCCCUCCCUUUUCCUGUAUGAUUGGUCAUGGAGUUUGGGGCCAGAUGGCUCUGAGUGAUGGACGUGUAACAUAAUUAAUUCCCUCCAUCUUCCUGCUCUCCUUCCCAUCUCCUCUGUCUUCCCCUUUUCGUUUUGCUUAUUUGUCAUACGCGCACAUCCCAGUGCUAAGAGCAAGCACUCGAGGACAGAGGAAAGAUCCCGCCGAACACUAAUCCCGAAGAGAGAAGACGAUCGUCGCUAAACUGAAGAAAUGCUGGGUUUAUCCUUUACAGACAUAAUGUGCAUAACUAUAAACUAAACAUCUCGUGUACAGGAGCUGUCUGAAUGCUAGCGUAAUGUAAAUGAAAUGGAAAUAUUGGUGUUGACGUGAUGUCAGAAGCGAUCAGGAGGACAUUGUAUGUAACAUUUUGUUUUGUUAAAAGAAUCUAAAACUGAAAUAUUGUAUUCUGUUUUAAAUUAGUGAGUUUCACAUCAAAUCACCAAAUAUUUAUCCCCGUUUGUACCUAUUCAGGAAAUAUUAUACAUGUACUAUACAACUUUAGUAUCGUUUCGAAAGAAAUUUCAAUGGAAUGGCCAUUGUAAAAAAGAAUCUAGUAGUUAAACGCAGUCGUUUUAACUCGCUAACUGUUGUCCUGAAGAAUGUUUUUCGCACUUUUUGCAGAUUUAAUUUUGGUUUUCUGAGGGCCUGGAGUUUGUUUUGUAUUACAGAGGGAUAGUUCACCCAAAAACACAUCUUGCGUUGUUACAAACUUGUAUUCGUUUCUUUAAGCAAUGUUCCUUUUUUGAGCACUUCCAUAGUCGUACUUUUUACUACAAUGCGAAGUAAAUGGUGCUUCUGUUUUGCGUUCAGCAGAACAAAGAAAUUUAUACAGGUUUGUAACAAAAUUAUUAAGAGUUUUGGGUGAACCCUCCCUUUAAGUGUGUCGUACUGCAAGGUUAAGAUCGUCUAUGGUCUGUUUUCGAGCAUCCUUUAAUAUUUCAAAGUCAAGUUUUAGUUGUUUUGUGAAACGGACCGGCGUAAUCUGUACAUUUUUUUCGGGGACCAUGUACCAAACGUUCAGGCCCUGCAAGCCCUCAUCAUAUCAACAUAUAUUGUUUUUACGAUUUCACUUGCCUUAUGAUUUGCUUUUGUUGACCGUGAUGUGCUGCCCUUUUUAUUUAUAAUCCUCACGUAGCUUUUAUCAAAAAAAAAGAUUAACCUGUAAUAAAUUGCAAUAGUGAUUUUGCCUUGUCGAGAGCAUUCCAUUAAAUUUAUUUCCAAACACUGAUCGUAAUACGCUUUGAAAUGAGUUUCUUAAAAGUUGUUUUUUAAGCAUGACGCAUGAUAAGACUGCUUUGAAAAGGCAUCAUGGUUUUCCCAGAUCCAGCGGGAGUUAUAAACCUCCCAAAAAUGUAAGAAGCAUGUGAAACAUCUUUGUGGGAAAACUCAGCUCGGAUUUAUUUAACAGGUCAUCGAUUUGAAUAAUGGGCUAUUGAUGCAACCAGCAGUUGUUUAUUUCAUAGACGCACAUCUGCGUUAAACAGGUUUAAAGGCAAAAUGACACACUCCGAAUAUGAUUUUUCUAUUACAUUUGUGUAUUAUGGUAGAUUUUAGACGUGGAGUUGUUUUGUAAGAGUCCAUUUUUAUUUCGCUCCUACUGUCUUGCUUUUUCAUGUCUUAAUGACAUCUUUACACGGCAAAAAUUAACCUGCUCUUGAACUCGAGUAUGUCUUCUGUAAGUGAGAUUUGUUUGUAAUUAUGUUAAUAAAGACAAUACUGUA